ACGGGAUGACUUGAGAAUCUCCAUAGACGGUGUUAAAGCUCAUCGCCAUCCCACGAUUUCGGGCACUUAAAGGGACCAUUCUGCUUCAUCUUUUACACCGCUCCCUUGAGCCAUGGACUGCAAUCCGCCCCUUCGAUUAAUCCCAUGGGAUCAUUCGCCGUUGAGGAAGAAGGGGAAAACGGGGGGCCAAGCGUCUUGCGAGCCUGUGCACCCAGGGAGGAAAAAAAAACUCCGCGAACCGUAUCCAAAACCCAACCAGGGGAUUGGAGGGAAAAGCGAAGACGGGAAAAGGAAAGACGCCUGGGCUGUAGAAAAACACCACGCCCAGGGAGAGUCCUAGGCACUUUUUGAGCACUCGUGCUUGUGUUGCCGGUUGCCUUUUCUAGUUGAAACCGGAGCGGCGGCCAGACAAGAGACGCCAAAGUGGGAGCGUUUAGUUUUCUCUCCGAGCGAGCGAAGGAAAGAGAGAGAGACACCUGAUGAAUGAAAGCUCCGCCCCCGCGCUUUUAAGAGAGCGGCGGGUUAUCUUCCUCGACCACUUGAAGCCCCGAGGGCGGCUCACUAAAGGCGGGAACGCCGCGAUGGAAGGAGAUCGACUCGCGCUCCGCUCCCUCUCGCCGCCCGGGCUUCUCCUCUCGUCCUUCGCGCGGGCAACAUGACUUUCCUCGGGCUUUAUGGGGGCCGGCUCAACUCCACGCCGUUCGCCAUGGCCCCCCUCGACGCCGCUGGGAGCCUGGAGAAAGGCAACGGCAACGGGACCUUCGCGGAGCAAUGCGCCUCCGUCUCGGUGGCUUUCCCUUUGACCAUGAUGAUCACGGGCAUGGUGGGCAACGGUCUGGCCAUGCUGCUAGCCUACCGAGCUUACCAGAAGAAGGAGAACCAGCGGAAGAGGCCGUUCUUGCUGUGCAUUGGUUCUCUGGCCCUGACGGACCUCACCGGGCAGCUGCUGACCAGCCCCGUGGUCAUCACAGUGUACUUGGCCAAUCGGAAAUGGCGGGCGGUGGACCCUUCCCAGGGCCUGUGUGCCUUUUUUGGCUUGGCCAUGACCAUUUUUGGCCUUUGCCCUCUCUUCAUCGCAAGUGCCAUGGCUGUGGAAAGGGCCCUGGCCAUCCAGGCCCCCCACUGGUACACCGGCCACAUGAAGACCAGGUUGACCAAGAUGGUGCUACUUUGCGUGUGGCUGACUAGUUUUGCCUUUGCUCUCUUGCCCAUGAUGGGCAUUGGGAAGUAUACACUUCAGUGGCCGGGCACUUGGUGCUUCAUCAGUAUGAAGGAUCAUGAAAAUGCCAGGGUGGGCAAUGCUUUUUUUGCUUCUACGUUUGCUUUCUUGGGUCUCUUUUUCCUCGCUGUUACUUUGGCAUGCAACAUGGCAACCAUAAUUGCAUUGGUGUGUCGCUGCUGGUCCAAGAGCUCAACAUCCCGAUCAAGGAAGCAGUGGGGCAGGAUUACCAUGGAAACCUUUAUCCAGUUGCUGGGAAUCAUGUGUGUCCUCCUUGCUUGUUGGUCCCCACUUUUGGUGACAAUGUUGAAAGUGACUUUUAAUCCCAACCCUAUGAAUCAAUGCAGAGAAUCCUGUAACCAAACCCAAAGUACAGAACAGCAGCCAGAAUGCAAUUUCUCUUUAACCCACAUCCGCUUGGCUUCACUGAAUCAGAUCCUGGACCCCUGGGUUUACUUGCUGCUUAGGAAGAUCUUGGUGCAAAAGUUUUGUCAGGUAGCCCGGGCCAUUUCAUGCUACCCUCAGGACAAAUGGAAGGGGCAACAUAUCAUUUUACCCAACAAAAUCAGACGCACAACAGUUUGAAUCAACUUUCAUAUCGUUACUUUCUUUUCAAACACUCAAGUGUUUUCCUUACUGUGAAUCUGGGCAUCCAGCACAUGUCCAUUUGUGUCUGUAAAUAAAUUGUAGGGAAAUUAAGGUUAAGUGGAGUUCUUUUUUUAAUUCACUAAUUUAAAUUUAUCUAAGCAGGGGUAAACCUGAUUAGAUGAAGGCUACAGACUAAGUUUUUAAAAAAAUGGCAGAAGGUGGCUGUGGCAAAUCAGUUUCAAAUGCUGCCAAGAAAAUUGUGUGUCCAUGAAAUCACCAGCAAUUAAAAGAAUUCUGGUAGUCAACAUUGCAUUUUUGAACAUUAGGAGGAAAGAACUAUGAAUGGAAAUAGGCUAUUGCAAUAUCAGAAAGCAUCAGGGAAUAAUCAUGUUUCCUGGGUCUGAAAAAUGUGGUCAAGGACCUGUGCAAUAUUGCAGAUGUGUCAAAUUUUAUAUUUAGUAAAAACUUGCCAAAUUUGAGAUUGUUCUAUUGAGGAUUUGAUUGGGCAUGUGACUGAUUCCCAUCUUGCACCAAGUCAAAAUGUGAUUUUGGGGUUAGGGUUAGAAAUACGUUAAACCAACCAAAUUUUAAUAUGUUGUAUAAUCUAUUUUAUGAUAGCAUUAUAUUUACAUGUUGCUGAAUUCCAAAUAGAUAUUGUUCUGAUGUAGUUGUUUAUGCAGUAGUACAUAUCUGAUUGUUUUCUCAGUAAUUAUAUUAAAUUGUCCAUUUAUUUUAUAUGCCUACUGACUGUAUUGGAUCCUUUGGGUCCAAUUAAAACAGUCAAAUUCAUAUUCUAUUGAAAUCAAUGUAGAAAGUCCAGGCUAAAAUCUCAAUUAUUUCAAUGACGCAUGUGUCCUGAAACCAAUCCAUAUUACAUAUAUAUUAAGAUAUAUAUGUAAUUUUUAUUAAAUAUAGUUAAUAUAGGCUCAUACUAUAGUUAAAAUAUUUCAUGUGAUGUUUUAAUCCAAUAUUAAUUUUUCAAAUUAAGUAUAAUUUUCACUGGACAUCCUUCUAUAUAAAAUAGACCAUUAGCUAAAAUGUGGAUUAAUCAGUCUUUCUGUAUGUGGCAUCUUCCAAUUCUUUUGAACUCCAUUCAGCCUCAGACAAUACAAUCACUGGGCGGAUGGCCAUGUAUUGCAGUAAUUAUAAUCUAAAAUUUAGAUAAGCUAAAUUGGAGAAAUCUACAUGGCAUAAUAUAUGCAUAUUGGCAUAACGCAUGGAUUUCAUAGAAUUUAGUUCUUAGAGAAGUCAGCAGGCACAUAGGGAUGAAUAACAUUUACAUAUAAUUCAAAAGAGGUAAUUAAAAGCUAGAAAGAAAACAAAAAGAACAGAAAAUGUCCUGGCCAGCAAUCAACACACAGACAAGCAGAAAUUAAUAAAAUGAUUAAUACCAGACACUGAAAAUAUUACCUAGCCCAGUGGUGGGAUUCUAGCGGUUUGGACAGGUUUGGGCAAACCGUUAGCUCCGACUUUGAGCCGUUCUCUCUUUCUUUGAAGUGGGCCUGCCUGCCCACCCCUGCAUUACACUCACCUAUAUUUCUGCUUCCAAAGCCCAGCUGAUCGGGGCGGCAGAGUGGAUUGCCACUCCUCAGCUGUUUCCUUGCUCUCAGCAACGCAGAAGUUCAAUUUUCUGCAAACUGUGCACAUGCACACAGCACACGUCUGGCGCAUGGGUGCGGUCAGAAAACAGUUAUUAAACUUGUAGGAUCCCACUCCUGACCUAGCCUGAUAAUGAAACUUCUGCAUGAAAACAACCAAAUUCAGGGAGCACCAAGGACUCCACAACCAAAUUAGUUCCAAUCAAAUUAUUUCAAUUCUCUCAGUGGAAUAAAAUAUUUUAUAACAGAUAUGUAGGAUCACUGAAGAUAGACAAAAUACUACUUAACCUUUUGUUAAGCUUUUAGCUUUGCAGCUAUACAUACUUUUAAUGGCACUUACAAGGUCUGGUUAUUCUUUUCAUCCAAGCAGCCGUUUUUUAAAAAAAAAUUAUCAGGUUUUCUGUUUAUUAACUUAUUCUUUUUAGCUAUUUUAUAUUACAUUUCUUAAGUAUGUUUGCUCAUUUAACUGUACCCAAGAACUAUUAAAAAAAGAAAAUAAAUAAUAUAACCAAUUAUUUAAAUAACCAAAUUAUAUUAACUGUUCUUUUCUAUAAUUGUAAAACUAAUUUAUCUAAACAUAUAUUUUUUCAUUUGUUUCUACUAUAUUGUAAAAUUGUGACUUUAUUUUUAAGAAAGUAAUUUUCAAAAAAUUCACAAGCCAAUGGGAAACGAUGUUCAUGUGAAGCAGAUCCUAUCUUGGUGCCACAAACAGUUGUUAAUACAUACUUGUAAGAGGCAUUUUGGAAAACCAUUAUAUUUCUAGUUUAGUGUCAUAGUUUGAUUUCCCUUUCAUAUUAGAAAAAGUCUAGAAGUUUAUUGCCAAUUCUGAAUUUGCUUGUUUCUCUUGCUGAAAAAAAAACUGGGGAAUCUUCACACAGCUGCGGGAAGAGCACUGUCAGACUUUCAGUUGCAUCUCAGAGUUACCUAGACAAGUUGAAGUCUUGCAGUCUUGUGAUCAGGGAAGCAAGGCCAUGAAAUCUUCGUCUUGGUGCCAAAUUUUAAUAAAAGCCCUGAAAAUUGGUCAUUAAGAAUGAGCCUCUGCAUAGGCUUGAACAUCCGGUGCUGUGCACCAAGGGCUUUGGACUAUCUCCAUUGCUUGAAACAGGGCUCCCAGCAGCUGAAGGAAGAGUAUCUAGCUUGGUAUGUUGCUUUUUGGGGUUUCUGUUUAAUUUACCUGCUAUAGUUAAACAAUAAAGCUUAAACUUCUCCUUA